AUGACCAAGGAUCUUGAGAAGGCGUCUCCAGAUGUUGACGCAGAGACAUCGUGUUCUUCUUCAACAGCUACGUCGCCGGUCUUGGAACCCAUCAAGACAACCGAGACACGUCGCAGCCGUCCGCGCAGCACAGCAUCCAGGCGCUCACAUGAUUCGGACGUGUUUGAGGCCCUGGAGCAUGCUCUGACACCAGAUCUCGAAACCGAGGCAGAGCGAGCGGCGCGUGAACCCAUCACAUACACCCGAACUGGCACCAGCAUCGCCAGCGCCGCAUCCCGACCACCCGACUUUGAGGUCUUCUUUGAGGAAGGCGAUCCCGAGAACCCAAGGAAUUGGUCAAAAUGGUAUCGCGCCUGGAUUAUCGUUGCCGUCUCAUACUCUACCUGGGUCGUGGUCCUGUAUAGCACGUGUUAUACAGCCUCCAUCCCAGGCCUAGUUGAGGAGUAUGGAUCGACUACCACCACCACCACUUUGGGUCUGACGACGUAUCUGCUUGGUCUUGCCGUUGGUAGCUUGAUUGUUGCGCCACUAAGUGAACUUUAUGGUCGUCAAAUGGUGUACUUGGUCUGCUUGAGUAUUUGGGCGCUGCUUAUUCUGCCUUGCGCCCUGGCAACUUCGCUGACGGAAAUCAUUGUUGUGCGAUUCUUUGGCGCACUCUUUGGAGCCGCAAUGAUCUCCAAUAGCCCCGGAAGUAUUGUCGACAUCUCAGAUCCCGAGUACCUCGCAGCUGCCAUGUCCAUGUGGUCGAUCGCACCUCUCAAUGGACCAUCCACCGGGCCUAUCAUUGGUGGUUUUGUUUACCAGUAUCUUGGUUGGCGAUGGGACAACUGGAUCGUCUUGAUCCUGGGCGGCGCCGGUGUCCUCAUGAUGGCAACGGUCAAGGAAACCUAUCACCCUGCCAUCCUGAAGCGAAAGGCAGCUCGCCUGCGAAAGGAAAACGAUGAUCCCCGAUGGUGGUGCCAGUAUGACCAGAAAGUUUCCACGUGGCAUUUGAUCAAGAUCAACAUGAGCCGACCCUUCAAGUUGGUCGCAACUGAACCUAUCUUGUGGUUCAUGGACGUCUGGAUCUCUCUGAUUUAUGCCAUCUUGUAUCUCUGUUUCGUCGCCUAUCCGAUCGUCUUCCGCCAGCACCGCGGCUGGAACGCUGGCAUGUCGGGUCUGGCCUUUGUUGGCAUCGGCGUUGGAACCAUGCUUGCCAUUUUCGCCGAACCUCUCCUCCGUCGCUUGAUCAACUCUCAGCCUCGAGAUCCAGUGACUGGCAGGCCCCAUCCGGAAGCCACAGCUUUGGUCAUGGCUAUUGGUGCCGUCCUAACACCUCUCGGUCAGCUCGUGUUUUCCUGGACCUGUCUUCCCAACAGCAUCCAUUGGGCCAUUCCCAUCGCCUUUGGUGUGCCUUUUGGCGCGGGUAACACCCUAUGCUUCAUCUAUGGCUCGAAUUACCUGGCCAGCGCAUAUUCGAUCUACGCCGCCAGCGCCCUCGCCGGAAAUGCCGUUAUCCGAAGUAUCGCAGGCGGUGUCUUGCCCCUGGCUGGACCCAAGAUGUACGCAGCCAUGACUCCGCAGUGGGCUGGAACACUUCUUGGACUUCUCGAAGUGGCCAUGAUUCCGAUUCCGUUUGUGUUCUGGCGGUACGGUGCCAAGAUUCGGGCAAAGAGUCCGGCAAUUCGAGCCCUGAGGGAGGAACAGGAUCGACUUGACGCCAAGCGGGCGAAGCACCAGAGAAGAUUGGAGAAGAAGAGGCAGGAGGCCGAAGGCGACAAACAGAACGAGGAGGGUGUUUUGGCUGUAACGGAUGCUUCGGGGCAAGAUAACAAGGCACUCAAACAAUAA